AGUCGGUUUCUCGAGACCUUUUUUGAAUGAGCACAAUAUUUAUUAGUUGGUGAUUGUACGGAGUAGACUUAUUGCCGGGUUUAGGUAAUAACACUGCUGAGCAGUUCGAAAACUGUUAUUACGACAUUAGGCUGACUUCUUGUUUAAAGUACACAGUGAGACGACUUCCACAUACGGUAGCAGAUAUUCUUUUUGAAUAAGGUAGAGAUAUUUUAUCUUUCCGAUACGGUAGCGAACUUUUUCGAAUAACCAAAAUAUUUACGGUGUUUGUACGGAGUGGACUUAUUACCGGGUUCAACAAAACUCUAGACUUAGUGAGCAGAUCAAAAACUAUUAUUAAGACAUUGAACUUACUUGUUGUUAAUAGUAGGCCUACACAGUGAGAUGACUUGCGCGUACGGCAGCAGAUAUCUCAAUCUGGGUGAGCAGAAGCCUUUUGAUUUACGACUAUUUGUAAACGUAUCCAUAGGAGACUUGCGCUACGAAGCAUUAUUAGAUACUGGUGCCAAGGAAACCCGAAUAAAUUCGCAAGUUGUUCAAGAUCUCGAAAUGAAAGGCUUAAUACAUUAUUUGCCUCAAUCACAUGUCACCGUCAUGCCGAACGGAAUGGUGGGGAGAGAAGAAUCUAAGGUUGUGACAUAUGGAGUUAUGAAUGAGUGUGAGUUACGACUUAUAGCAUUGGUCACGGAUUGUCUGGAGUAUGAUUUGAUUUUGGGGAUGCCGUUUUUGGUGGAACAUAAGGUGAUUAUCCAUAACCACACUCGUACCGUUAUGUGGGAACCGAAUACUGUUGAAAUACCUGCACAAUACUCAUGGUUAAUAUGCGGAACCGUCAAUCAAACCCCAAAGGAAGUCAACAUUCAGCCCAGAACUUCCUCACAGCUUAGCAUCAAUUCCGGGAUGAGGUCACCAACUAGCUCAAUUUCCACCAAUCGGUCGCCGACACCAAAAGUGUACUAUCAAAGGACUACGCCCGGUCAGAGGAGACGCGCUGGGAAACCAAGGAUCAGAGUUAUAUGCGAAAACGGCAAAAAAGCGUGGAAAACGGUGGAUCGUUCCAAACCAGCAUCUUUCAAAUAACUUCUCAAAGAGGUACAUAUUGAAUAAUGGACACCUACAAUUGCACUGGACAUUGGAAUAGAAUGUAUGUACAAAAACCUUUUAUAGAGGAACCACAAACUUGAAGUUCAAUAAUAUUACUAUAAUAUACAAUAUCAUAGUUAGUUAUAUUCCCCUGUUAAGUGCAGGCUGUUCAUUCCAGCUCAGUUGAGUUCAACUCAUUUAUAAAUCAUUUUGGGUAGGAACCUUUUUUGUUUUUUGGACUUGCUUUAUGUUUGAAUGUUUUAUAGGGCACUGAAUAGGAAAGAAUUCCUAUGCAUUUUUCAUAUUGGUAGUGACGUCAUGCAUUGACUAUAACAUACUAACAGGAAUGAGUUAGCAAUACAAUGAAAGAACUCUCCUUAGACCCCACAUAUUCAAUGUGAACUUUUUUUGCGAAUCACAGACUGUUAGUUAUUCUUUGGAAGAGAAUUGAUCCAUUCAUUUCAAUCAAUCAAAACAUUAAAUUUCCAAAUUAUAUUUUUGCAAAGUUUUGUUGAAACCUUAUAUUAUGUUUGUGAAUGAUCCUUAGUUUUUCAUUAUAUACUGACUUCAACAUA